AAACGACGCCGCUCGUUGCACCUUCCUGCCUCUAGCUUGCGGCGGGAGAAAACACGGCGUUACCCGGCCGCCUUCCGAACCCAAACGCUGUGAAGACUUCUCCUGAUCGCAUUACUCGCUGACACCAUGGAACGCCGAACGCACGAUGGCUUGAUGGAGUGGCAGUACAAUGCCCCGCCACCUAUGGACCACUCAAGUCCCUUUGCAAAGUUAUCUCGGAACCAGCCAGCGUCAUCUUUCAGCUCUUCCUCACCGUCGAAGUUCAGCAGCAAUAACCCGUUCGCUGCCGGCAAUAUCUCGAGCGGCUCACCAGUCAAGCUGCAAGCUCAACCGCGCCCGCCGCACUCGGACUUCUUCAACCCCCAGCUGCCGAGCAAGCCAUCGGCACCGGCAUUUCGAAAUCCUGCGUUUACGACGCCGCAAAAGCGCGUGGACGAGCUUACGUACUCGGGGUUUUCCGGCGCCGAAUCCAGCCCUGCCAUGACCGACACAUCCGAGAUGCCUGCGGACACCCCGGAACUGGACCGAACGGAGGAGGACGUUGGAAAGUUGACUCUUACGCCGUCUGUCAGCAGGAAUCUGUUCAGCAAAACCCUCCUACGGAAUCAUGUCUCGGGGAAAGGGGAAAUUGCCCGAGGGAAUCGAGACAAGGUCAGGAAGAGGAAGCGUCUGCAAAGCGACAGAGACGUGGGCAGCGGCCGGUCUCGCCUUCCGCACGCAUCAGACGACUCCGACAGCGAUUGGGAAGAGGGAUCAAGUGGCGGACUGAAGCGGACGAAGAGUGGAAAACUUCCACGGCGGGGUUGGUUCAGCAGCUUCCUGUCAGCGGUCAGCGACCACCCGAGCGCCCCGGCAAUCCUGUCCAAAUGGCUGCAACUAGGCGUCAACAUCAUCCUGCUCAGCAUCGUGCUCUUUGCCAUCUUCGCAAUCAUCUCGCAGAUACGGACCGACCUGUCGCGAGCGAGCGAGGAGGCCCGGGCCGCCAUCAUCAACCAGAUGUCGAUCUGCGCCGACAAUUACAGCAGGAACGGUUGCUCCCCCCGGGAAAAUCGGCCGCCGGCUCUCGAUGGACCCUGCAAUGAAUGGGAGGUGUGCAUGAAUCAGGACCCAUCGGCCACCAAGACGCUUCAGAUCUCGGCGAGGAACAUUGCCGAGAUCUUGAACGAGUUUGUUGGUGUCUUGACCUUCAAAACUUGGGGGUUUAUCCUCUCGCUUUUUCUGGUGACGGUCGUCGCUAGCAACGUCGGCUUCGGAUUCCUUCGCGAAUCCGCGCUUGCUCACCCGGCGAAGCCGGCGGAACCCGUGCAUUCGCAACCGGCAGUGCCUCCGAUCUUCGGAUCUGCCGCGGCGCACAACCCUCAACAAGCUUACAUCUGGGCGCCUAUCAGCCAUACCCCUCGCCAUGUGCGCAGGAAUCUGUUUGCCAACGAUGCGACGGACUCGGAGGCUUCGCCCGACGUCAGGGCGAUUAUGCCGCCACAGACUCCGUCCGGAAGGAGGAGUCCCAGCAAGGGAGAUAGGGAUCGAAGCCCGAUUAAGGGGUAUUAGGGAGGCCGACGGGGCUCGUUGGAUUGACAGCCUUGCCUCCGUUUCUCCACUUUGUGUUGUACACUUGUACUCUUGGAUUUCUUAUGUCUUGCUUGGUCGGAGUUGGCAACAUAACCUGGAAUCGCUGGGCAUUUGGUUGGCGGCGGUAUGUACUAGAUCAGGUCGGGUGGUGACUUGGGACCUAGGCACCUAGGGAACUUUCUCGUGUACACUACAUAGAUGUUGUUUAAUCCCUGUCUUCACACUGGGCCGUGCAGCUUUGUUUUUUAGUCCUCGCUCAGUAUAACUCUUAGAGAAUGCUCGCCAUGCAUGAAGAUCUCGAGGCCAUGUGUUCUGCGAUCUGGCAUCCUCAUCAACCAAUGGCUCGCAGAUGGCUGGUGUCCUUG